AACAAAAAACUGUUGAGUCAGAAAUCGGUGAGUUCAAAUGAUGUUCUCGAAAUUUCUAACCACAGCGCUACGGCGCAAUAUCCUUAAACCCUGCGGCGGCCACGGCCGUCUCCGCCCGUUUUCCACGGCGGCAGCGGCGGUGGUGGAACCUUACGAGGAAGAAACUACCGGCAUCACGAUGAAAGGUGUGAAAAUCUCCGGCAGACCUCUGUACCUAGAUAUGCAGGCAACUUCUCCUAUUGAUCCUAGGGUUCUCGACGCUAUGCUGCCUUACAAUAUCUCCCGUUUCGGAAAUCCCCAUUCCCGAACUCACCUUUACGGCUGGGAAUCAGAUCAGGCCGUUGAGGCGGCCCGAGCCCAAGUUUCAGCCCUAAUUAAUGCUUCUCCCAAGGAGAUAAUUUUCACCUCCGGUGCUACUGAGUCCAAUAAUAUUUCAGUUAAGGGGGUUUUACAUUUUUAUAGGGAUAAGAAGCGACAUGUUAUUACUACUCAAACGGAGCAUAAAUGUGUGCUUGAUUCUUGCCGUCACUUACAGCAAGAGGGCUUUGAUGUAACUUACCUUCCAGUUGAGUCCGAUGGACUUGUGGACCUAGAAAAGCUUCGGGCUGCUAUACGGCCUGAUACGGGUUUGGUAUCAGUUAUGAUGGUGAAUAAUGAAAUAGGUGUGAUUCAGCCUAUGGAGGAAAUUGGGAAAAUUUGCAAAGAAUUUAAUGUUCCUUUUCAUACUGAUGCUGCACAAGCGUUGGGGAAGAUUCCAAUUGAUGUGGAGAAGAUGAAUAUAAGUUUGAUGUCGUUAAGUGGGCAUAAAAUUUAUGGGCCGAAAGGUGUUGGAGCUUUGUAUAUUAGGCGUAGGCCGAGGAUUAGGGUUGAGCCACAGAUGAAUGGGGGUGGACAAGAGAGAGGGAUUAGGAGUGGGACAGUGCCUACUCCCUUGGUGGUAGGGUUUGGGGCAGCUUGUGAGCUUGCAAUGAAGGAGAUGGAAUAUGAUGACCAGAGGAUUAAGGGUUUGCAAGAGAGGUUGCUGAAUGGGAUAAGGUCUAAGAUUGAUGGGGUUGUUGUUAAUGGGAGUGUUGAAAGGCGAUAUGCCGGGAAUUUGAACUUAUCUUUUGCAUAUGUGGAAGGUGAGAGUUUGUUGAUGGGUUUGAAGGAAGUUGCUGUAUCAAGUGGAAGUGCAUGUACCAGUGCAAGUUUGGAGCCCUCCUAUGUGUUGAGGGCAUUGGGAGUUGAAGAAGACAUGGCCCAUACUUCGAUUCGAUAUGGAAUUGGGAGGUUUACUACUGAGCAAGAGAUUGAUCGUGCGGUGGAUCUUACGGUCAAACAGGUUGAGAAGUUGAGGGAAAUGAGCCCGCUUUAUGAAAUGGUUAAAGAGGGGAUUGAUAUAAAGAGUAUCCAGUGGGCGCAGCAUUAGUUUGAUUGCUGAUUGAUUGGAAUUGGGACGAUAACUGCCACUACAUGGGGAUGUGGUUUGAAGUUGACGGUCCAGGUUCUGCUUCAGAAUAUCUAGUACAUGUCCCUGAACUUCAAGGCUAUUGUUAUGAGCUAAGUUUCUUCAAUAAGAUGUUUACUGUUGUCGACUCUAAGUUGACUCUGUAAUUGUGCAUGAUAUAGUGGUAGAGUUGUGCUUUAGUGACAGAGCAUAGCAUCUAUUCUGGUUUGUUUCUGCCCUUUGUUUAAGUUUUGCUCGCAACCAUUGAAAAGCUUACACUAUGAUUUAGACCAAUUUGUGUUUGCAUGAUUAUUUCAGCAAAGUUGAUGGUGUUUCUGAUUG